AUGUCCAUUCCUCUCUUGGACCAAGUUAGAACCAAUACAAUCAAUGAUACCAAUGUGUUGAGAGGUGUUGCUAGUGAUAUUCUCAACUGUUCAUCCAUAUUGUUGGGUUCUGGUUUGAGUGUGAAUGCUAGUGCAAUAAGAAGAAAUUCACACAACUCUAAUAUUAGGAAUACCAUCUAUUCAUCAGCAUCAUUGCUCUCACUUAUUAGAGCACUCGAAUCAACAACAACAACAAUCAAGGUAGAAAAUAGUGCUUUCAAUUUAAUUGUUUCUCAUCAGCCAGACAUGCAACUUGGUGAGACUCAAGUCCAAGUGCCAUCAUCUCUUCUCUCCAGUGACAAUAUUGAUUUCACACUCGUUACCUAUUCUAGUGGGAUCGACUUUGAAUUGCUACCAGAUAGUAAUACCACUGGUUUACGUUCUGCUGCCAAUAUUGUAGAGCUGAGAAGAUUAGUUGAUGGUGAAUAUGAUCCUCUUAGUGAGUUACAAAAUCCAAUAAUACUCUCCUUUCCAUUUUUCAACAACCUUACAAUAUUUAACAGCAAUUUUACACAAAAUUUCACUUGCCGAUACUAUAAUACAACAACCAGUGGAUGGAGGACAAAUGGAUGUAAAUUGGUCGGCAAGGAUGACAAGUUUAUUACUUGCUCUUGUGAUCAUACAACAAGCUUUUCAGCAUUUGUGGAAUAUUAUCCAAUAACAACAGAUCCAACAACAGAUCCCAACAAUCCUACAAACUCAACAAGUCCUACCAACAAGAACACUGCUCUCAAGGCAUUGGAUAGUGGUCUGGUCAUUUUCAAGAUUGUCAUUUCUGGUAUUCUACUUUUGCUGAUAGUAUCUGUAAUGGUUGGUCUUAUCAUUUUCAGAAAGAUGCAACCUGUGAAAAGCAGAUACAUCUUCCCAUUUGUUGGAUUGAUUGCCCUGUUUGUUGAUUUGGCAUUUACUGGUAUUGCUUCUAAAGCAGCUACUAUUAAUGUGCCACUCGAUGAGCUAGUCUCUAGCAAUAACACUCCAAACAUUAUCAAUAGUAUUAGCUUGGUUGUAACAACAAGUUUGACUGCUGUGGCUAUUUGCUCUUACAUGGUAGUGUGUAUUAGAUAUAUAAUGUACAGAUACUACUAUCAGUGGAUGUCGGCAGUAAUUUCUCAAAAGUUAGAAAAGGCAACUAGUAGAGGAAUUCGUCUUUUCAAGAAUAAUACCAUCCUAUUGGUGUCUGUAUUUGCAUUGGGUAUUUCUAUUAUUGCUUACUUUGUUAUGCUUGUUAUUUUGAGAAGAACUGACCAAAUGAAUGCAAAACAAUUCUCCUAUUCCUCAUCAAUUUCUCACUUUUUGAUCAUGAUAAGCUUCUUGAUAGUGAUUGGUAUUGUUUAUAUGAUUGAUUUGAUAAUGGAUUUCAGAACCAGACAAAUUUCUGAUGAGUUGCACGACAUUUCCAAUGAAAUUAAUUCUACACAACAAAACACUAAAGGAACAAUGGUGACCACUUUUAAGAAGGAAAAUACUGCUUUUGUUGCAUCUGCCAAAUUGAAGCAAUUAUUUGGAAAGAAUAGUGCUCCAUCUAAAAUCUAUCACUAA